AUGGCUCGCCAAUUCCAGCUUCCGUAUGAGCCGGAACUGAACAAACUCUCGAGUUCUAACAGUCCGAUGUCGCCGCACCCAGGCGGCGAUGCCACUUUAUCCUUUAAGACGAAUGUCAACCGAUCUAAGACCAAGCGCUGGGUAGAAGCAAAGAAGUAUUCCUACGACGGCAAUGACUGGGGCGAGGAUGAGUAUGGCGAGUACGACGAUGAUGAUGACGAGACGCCCUCGGUUCAGCAGUCAGCCUGUGUAAACCAGAGUGUCCCCGAGAUUCCCGCGACGUUUUCCCAACACCACCUGCAGAACACUUCCAUGCCUGCCAAGGAUCGAUCACGAUCCGUGGAUCAAGUGUCCACAUUGAAGGCCGUCGAUGUUGCGGCUAGCCGUAGUCGGUCCGCAGAAGCCAAAGACCGAACUGUUCCUAUUGUACGCCCUGCCGAAAUAUACGAGCGAUUGCGAGAAGACCCGGCGGAACGAAGCCAGGAUCCAGGGAUAGGUCAAGCGACGAGCAACUCAACGGAUCCCAUAUCCAAGGGCUCUUCGCCCGGAGUCGAUCCUCGCGGCGAUCCACUGCCUAGUGAUGAGAAGAAACCAGAAUCUCCCGCUCUACAACUACCAGAUGUCAAGCGCAUCUCCAGUUUUGGCACGAACUUUAUGGAGGACUCCGAUCCCAGCACUCCGAAGGAGACGACAGGCCCGCCGCCCGCUCCGCAAGAACAUCAACUACGCCACAGUCCCUCUCUCGGGUUCACAUCUGUGGUCCAUCAGGCAUUCGACGUUCCGGAAACACCAACCACGGCCGUCGACAGCGUGGCACGAUCGAACAGCAACAGCACGUCGGUGAUAAGCCCCAUCAUUGGCCAUCAGAGUUUGAGUGACGCCAUAACGCCCACCACCAUCGUCGAAGAACCUGAGUCUACGUCCCCCCCGAGGGGGUUCAAACCUGGCCAUCGCCGAGACUUGAGCGUCCCGAGUCCUGGCAACAGCCCGUCGAGGAAGCCAGAUAUCACCAGCCAUGACGGCGCGCCUCCCUCCGCGCUGGCCGAACUGUCCUCGAACAUCCCCGACUCGAUUCACACCCCCUCACCGGACUCGCACGCACAAUCGUCCAAUGUGCCGGAGCUGGCGCCGCUCAAGAUUGGUGACAACUUGACCUCGAUGCCCAACGAGACUGCCAGUGGGCCCAUCCCGGUCAUCGUGCCGUCGAUGAGCACCGACAACUCUCCACAGGAUACGGAGAACGAUCGACUGCGCAAGGAGAUCAUCCGAUCACUGAGCCGGGAGAACACGCCGUCGGACGAGCCGGAGCCGCAGGACGGAUCCGUCCCGCCAACGAGUCGGCAAGACAGUCUGGUCCCGGGUGAGUACGAGAAGCACUGGAACGAGGAAUCCAGCCCAAGUGCUCUGGAGCCAAAGCCAGUCCCCAUUCCUAUACCACAACCCCAGGAGUCAUAUUCCAGCUCUCCUCUUCCUACUCCAGCUCCCGCGCCCGUUCCUGCGCUGGCCCCGGCUCCGCAGUCGGCGCGACCCAAACUGAGCCGGAAGUUCUCGUGGGAAUCGUCGUCCUCAGAGGAGCCGGUGCCUCCUACGGACCUGAAGCCCGUUCCCCCUGCGCCGGUGCCCGAAUCGUAUCCCCAGUCUUCCGAAAUCAGCCACCUCGCGCCUAUGCCCGGGCAGUACCCCCCGUCAUCAGGGGUCAGCCCUCCGCCGGAGCCGACCGUUGCAACGCACGACGCCGAGACUGGCGGUGAGGAAGCCCAGCGGACGCCGGAGAAACCCAAACUGACCCUGGUGACUCCGGGUAUCGGUGACCGGCGCAGCAUUGGCUCGGUGCACCUCCCCGAAGUGGUGGACGCGGAGCCAGCGGCAAGUGAGACGCAUGUCGAGGAGAGUUGCCUGGCCACUUCUGGUCUCCGGACGCCAGGGCCCCCGAAUUCGUCGUCCGGGCCGACGCCGCUGGGGUUCCGAGAGAUUCUGGGGAAGUCGACGUCGGCGGAACGGGUGCGGGCGUUCAACCAGACGCGGGAGCAAUUCAGCUGCAUCGAUACAGGAUUGAGCUACUGGAUCCGGGUGACGAUGCAGGCGCACCCAGAGCACAUGGACGUGGUUGGGAAAAGCCCCAAACUGUCGACGGGAGAGUCCAAGCCAAGCGGGUCGCGGGGCAAAUUCCCCAAGCUGGGGUCACUAGGCACGUUUGCGCACCCAGACCCGUCGGGGUCAGGAUCGGGACAUACGCGACGGCCGUCAGCACCGCUGGGAGGGAUGAUGAACAAACAGCAGGUGGAACAGCGUGGUAAGGACCUGCUGCACACGGCGGGCGUGUUGGGAGGACAGGCGGGCAAGACGGCCAAGAGUCUAUUUGCCAAAGGACGCAGUAAAUUCAAAGGGGACAAGGAGGGUUGA